CACUGCUGUCAGUGUCAACUGGUUGUCAAAGUAAUACUGAUUGAGUCGAUUGAGUAAAUUAUUGUUUCUCAAUAGUUCUCAGGUUUCUUUCUAUAAAGAUGUCAAUGUCAUCAGCUGUUGAUGUUUGAAAAUAGCUAAUCUUUUCGUGACGAUUGCAAGAUUAUAGACUGAUUGUCAAUUUACAACAAAAGCUAGGCUUUGUCCAAAGCUAAAAACCAUUAUGAGUACAUCGGCGGGCGGUGCAUAUAACUUUAAAGUCGUGUUGUUGGGCGAGGGAUGCGUCGGCAAAACGUCACUUCUGUUGCGUUACAUCGAGGACAAAUUCAACGACAAACAUCUUACUACGCUUCAGGCUACCUUCCUUAACAAGAAAAUAAAUAUAAACGGUAAGCGUAUCAACCUCUCCAUUUGGGACACAGCUGGUCAGGAGAAGUUCCAUGCUCUUGGGCCAAUAUAUUACCGAAAUUCUAAUGGAGCAAUCCUAGUUUAUGACAUCACUGAUGAAGAUUCUUUCAUAAAGGUUAAAAAUUGGGUAAAAGAGCUAAAGAAAAUGCUUGGUCCCGACAUUGUUUUAUUGAUAGCUGGCAAUAAAAUUGACUUGGAGCAUGAGAGAACAGUACCUCUUGAAGAAGCAGAAAGUUAUGCAGCAAUGGUUGGUGCUAAACACUUCUACACAUCUGCAAAAUUAAAUCAAUGUGUAGAGGAUCUUUUUUUGGAGCUGACUCGUGAAAUGGUUGAAAAAUUUGAACUAAACUCCCAGCGAGAAGAACACCAAUGUUCUCGGGUCCUAGUGGUUGACGAUGACACUCCUGCUCAAUCUUCUUGUUGUUCCGGCUCCAGAAGCAAUUAACCAUCCUUCAUCACUUGUGGACAAUACCUAAACCGAGAUGGCUUGUUUUUAGUAUAAAAAGAUGAUUACCUAUAUUAUUAUUAAAUUUAACCCUUUCAAUGCAGUAUGAUAACAAAUAUCUCUUUGUUUGAAGACACUAAACACAUCUUUCAUAUGUAGAUAGUCAUUGAAAAGCCUUUGAACAGUUAAUAUGUGUAAGUAAAGUAAUAUUGGGAUUUCAUUUUAAAGUAUUUUGUUGACAUAUGUUUGAAAACUGACUAUUUUAUUUUUUAAACUAAAUGAAAUGAGCAAUGCGAGUUAGCAUUUACAAUGCAUUAAACCUGGUUGUAAGGAUGUGAUGACACCAAAUGAUUCUAAUGUCUAUUAUCUAUUUUAUCAAGAAGGUGGUAAAUGUAAAAUCAAGAAUUUAUAUACUUAUAUCAAAAAGAUCGAACAAAUUAAAUAAAUAAAAUACUUAUAAGCUAUAGAAUUUUUUGUUACAAUUACAAUUAAGUAUAUAGUAUCGUUAUGAGUGAUAUAUUUACGUAAACAUCUAACUACUCAGUAAAUCCGCGUGUUUUUUAAAUAUAUGUUUGAAAAUUGUUAUAUGAAUCAUUAUUAUUAGCAUAUACAUUACAUAAGGUUUUUGUAAUAUGAAAGAUUGCAAAUAAACAUUAAUGUUUAACAGUCAAUGUAUUUGAUCAUAAUUGGAAGUGUGUAGUUGUACCAUCUUAUUUAAGCUAUGCAAUGAUUAAAACACGACCGCUUGGUCAAGUCAUUUUC